AAUGAUGACGUCGAAGGCACACAUGGGAGCGUGCGAGUGAAGUUUUAAAACGGGAUUGAGCCUAAUCUUAAUUAACUGGUUCAUCAAUACUUUUCGACGAGAAGUAGUCGUUACUGUUUUUAAUCUGCUGCUCUCCAAACGCUUAGUCUUCCACCGUAUCUGUACUUAACCCACUUUCAUUGGGAAACAGAUCUGGGUCAGAAAUGGCUGAUCCCAGUCUCGCUGCAAAAGACCAGUAUUUUCAGAGUUUGGGAAGCAAAGUGUGCGCAUCUCAGGAUCAGGAGCCGCGUAAACGAAAGCUGGUUUCUAAAAAGGAGGGCUCGGAAGCUCUAACGCAACCUAAAAAGAAGAAGAAGAGGAGGAGAAGAAAGGAAACUCCAAAGGAGCUGAAACAUUUUCAACCAGUGAGUGGGGGUCAGCCUAAUACUGUUCAAAAUGGAGUGAAAGUGGAUAAAAUCCAGCAAAAUACCAGAGUCAGUGAAGUGAACACCAGCUCGUUUUCAACAGUAAAUAUUCUUCGUCAGAGACUACACGAGAAAAUCCAAGAAAGCCGUGGUCAGUGCAAUCCAAAAGGCUUGCUUCCUGAAGAAUUAGAGAAGAAACGGCUGCACAGAAAGCGGGAAAGGGAAAAGAAAAAACAGAAACGGAAAGAGAUGCGAAUGAAAAAAGAACAGAAAAUUGUCCAGGAAGAUAGUAUUGCAGCAGAGGCUCAAGAUACAGAGAAAAAAGACCCAUCGAAGAAAACGGAAAAUCAGUUGCUCUUCAAUAAAGUGGAUUUGCCAUCUGAGGUAGUUAAAGACAAAAAGAUGAAAAGAAAAGAGAAAAAACAGAAAAUUAAAGGUGGCAUCACACCUCUCACUGGCAAAAACUACAAACAACUUUUAUCUCGACUGGAAGCCCAAAAGAAUAAGCUUGAAGAAUUGAAGAUUAAAGAUGAAAAUAAGGCAAAGGAAGUUGAAAUGAAGAUGAAGUGGACCAAUAUUCUGUACAAAGCUGAAGGCCUGAAAAUUAAAGACAAUGAAGAAUUGCUGAAAGCUUCACUAAAGAGAAAAGAAAAACUCAAAUCCCAACGUCAGAAGAAAUGGGAAAAGCUAACAGAACAUGUUGUUGAAAAGAUGCAGCGUCGUCAAGAUAAGAGGAAAAGAAAUAUAAUGCAAAAGAAGCAUGCCAAGAUAGAACGGAAAAAAGACAAGGCAAGAAAGAAAGGACGUAUUCUACCUGAAGAUUUAAAAAAAGCAAAUCUUUGAGAGAAGAGUUGAAUUUUGUAUUAACAUAAAAUAGUCUCAAACCUA